GGAAUGAGAGCUGCCCGCUGCAGGAAAUAUUCCUCUUUCUUUUUGUGCUAGGGCUCGCCGUUAUUAAGGACGUGGGUGGGUUUAUGGUUUCGACCCUGUGCAAGCGGCCAUGGAGCUGCCCCAGCCAGGAAGCGAAAGAGGCUACGAACUUCCCCCUCUUCCUCCCCCACCUCCUCCUCCUCCUCUCACCUAUCCAUCCUCGAACUGCUCAAAGCCACCAUCGGCCUCCAUUCUGGGCCAUGGAGCCUUCCUAUCUCCAACACGAGCGUCGUCCGACUCUCUGCCCUCGUCCACCGCCUUCGUUGCCGACCUGGACAAGCGGUACCUCGUCACCGCCGACCACGUCCUGGCCUCUCAUUUUCGGAUCACGGCCUCUCGAGCCGGAUUGGCCGAGGGAGAAGGCUACCGCGCCCGUGUCCUCUGCCGGGCGGAGGACUGGGACCUAGCGCUCCUCACGGUCGACGAGGACGCCUUCUGGAGCGGCGUGGAGGUGCGUUCCCUCAUCCUCUCCUCCCCCUCCUUCCUUGGCCGUGCUGCAUCCCGAGGCUCCUCCCCUCCCUCUUUUCUCUCUCCCCGCUGUCUUGUUCGACGCUCUUUGCCCUUCAGCGGCUUCGGCCCCUCUUUCCCCACCUUGCCCGCCUCCCUCCGUCCUCCUGAUGCCUCCAUCCCACCCUCCUCUCGCCCCUCCCAGGCCGCCCCCUUGAACGCCCAGGUCACCUGCCGACCCGACUCCUUCGUGACGGUGGCGGGCUUCUACAACAAGUCCCUGACCACGGACGAGUGGAUGGUCCAAGACUACGCUCUGGGGCCCUCCUGCCUGAACCUGAACCUCUAUCGGAACGGUCACAGCGGGUGGGGGGGAAGGGACGGCCCGGCCAUGCCCUUUGGUUGUAGCGGGGGUCCUGUCUUCGCCCAGACCAAGGGACUGGGCUGGAGCGUGGUUGGAAUGCUCAGUGCCGGGCAGCCAGACAGGGCGAUCCUUCACACUGUGCCAGCCCACCUCAUCCAGAAAAUGAUCCGGCAAUACGAAGCCCACGGACAGUUCGUAGGCGGGUCCUCUCCUUCCUUCAAAUUCCAGAGACUCCUUAACCCCUACCUCCGGGAGAGCCUCGGGAUGGGUGUCGCCUCCUCUGGGAUUGCUCCUUGGCUGGAGAAGGCUGGCCUUCCGCUCCGACCGGGCGACAUCCUCAUGGAGGUGGACGGCCUGGCUGUGGACGACCAAGGCGUCAUCUCGCUUCCUCCAGAUCGCAUGCAGGUGGACCUUCGGGGCCUCUGGGACCUGAAGGAGGACGGCCAGGAGCUGACGGCCAAGGUGCUGAGAGAGGGACGCGUCGUGCAGCUCAAGGGCCCCACCAAACGCGUCCCUCCUGUCGUUCCGAUCUCCUCCGCCUCCGUGACCCCUCCCCGCAGCUACAUCCUUGUGGGAGGGCUCCUCUUCCUUCCUGCCUCCCAAGCGAAGGUGGUGGCGCAUCAAGCGCGCAUAAAUCAAGCUCCCGUCGAGACCCAGCUCCUCUUCAAAGCAGAGCCUCGCGAGCACCCAGAGGAGGAAUACGUCCUGCUCUGGCGCAUCUAUCCGCACGAGAUAAACGAGGGCUACCAGGAGCGGUUGGCUCGUCUCCUGAAAUUCAAUGGCGUGCCGGUGAAGAAUCUAGCGCAUUUAGAGGAGCUCAUUCAAGGCGCUCGCCCCGAGCAGGGGGACGCGGAGUGGCUGGAUUUUGAAUUGGCAGAUGCAGAGCAACGAAAGAUCGUGCUUCCGGCGUAUCAGGCCUGGGCUGCCGAGGACGGGAUACGGAAGACGAACCGCAUUCCUUACCAUCGACCACGAUCGCGGGCAGAGGACGAUGAGAAAGGAAGGGAGGGUGGCGGACAGGAUGAGGAGGAGGAUGACGAUAAAUUGAUAGGAUGAAAAGAAAAC